AUGGUUAUAUAUCCCCUAGUAAAAAACCCAUUACUGAGGAGAAAGGGAAACAAAGGAAAAAUGGAAAGCAAAACCACACUCCCACUCCACUCCUCCACACCCCUCCCCCGCCGCAUCCCCAACCGGGUGUUUGCACUUCUCUACUCCGCCGCCGUCUCCGCCCUACUCUACCGCCAUGCAACCGCCCUCCUCCGCCCCGCCGCCGCCGGCUCCUCGCUCUUCAUAUCCCUCUCCAUGCUCGCCGCCGACAUCACCCUCGCUUUCAUGUGGCUGAACUCGCAGGCCUUCCGCGUCAACCCCGUCGCCUCGCACCCCUUCCCCGAGAACCUCCUCCACCCGCCGCGGGAGCUCCCGGCGCUCGACGUGUUCGUAUGCACGGCGGACGCGUCCAAGGAGCCGCCGAUGAGGGUGGCCGCCACCGCCCUGUCGGCCAUGGCCUACGACUAUCCGCCGGAGAAGCUGUCCGUGUUCAUCUCCGACGACGGAGCGUCGGAGCUGACUCUGUUUGCUUUGAUGCAAGCUGCCGAGUUUGCGAAGAAGUGGCUGCCGUUUUGCAAGGAGAAUCGGAUCAUGCAGCGCUGCCCCGAAGCGUAUUUCGGGUCGGGUUUUGCCACGUUUGAUUCCAAAACUGAGAAAAUUAAGGAGGUGUAUGAAGAUAUGAGAAGAAGAGUGGAAGAUGUAGUUGAGAAAGGAUACAUUGCUGAUGAAUACAGAAGUAGCAGUGCCUUUACCAGAUGGGGAAAAGAUUUCACUUCCCUCAAUCAUCCUGCUGUCGUUGAGGUUCUUCUCCAAAGUGGUGAAGACAUAGAUGAUGCAAGCUGUUGGAUGCCCAAUCUCAUCUACGUAUCCCGACAGAAGAGUCACACAACACACCAUCAUUUCAAGGCCGGAGCCCUCAAUGCUUUGCUACGAGUAUCAGCCGUGAUGAGAAAUGCUCCAAUAAUCUUGACGUUGGACUGCGACAUGAUCUCCAACGAUCCAUCCACGCCCCACAAAAUGCUGUGCUAUUUCAUGGACAAAUCAGUUCAUCACAACCUAGGAUAUGUUCAGUUUCCUGUUCGAUUUCAUGGGAUCAACCAAGCUGAUACAUAUGCAUCCGAGUUUAAGCGCAUGUUUCAUAUCAAUCCUGAGGGAUUAAACGGGCUUGCCGGCCCGGACUACUUCGGCACCGGCACCUUCUUCAACCGCAGAGCCUUCUUCGGCGGCCCGUCUUCCGUGAUCGGGCCGAGAGAUCCACGCCUCGGCCCGGAUCACGUUGUCGACGGCCACAUCAAAGAUGAAGCUAUUCUAGAGCUGGCUCAUGAUGUUACAAGAUGUGACUAUGAGAAGGACACCAACUGGGGCUCCAAGAUAGGGUUUCGAUAUGGCUCCUUAGUGGAGGACUUCUACACCGGUUUUAGGCUACAUUGUGAGGGAUGGAAGUCUAUAUUUUGCAACCCUACAAGGCCAGCAUUUCUGGCUGAGAUGCCUAUUUCCCUAAAUGAAGUUGUAACCCAAACCAAACGAUGGAGUGUUGGCCUUCUUGAAGUGACUCUGUCGAAGCAUUGCCCCUUGACAUUUGGAACAAGGCAUAUAGGCUCAUUGAUGGCUCAUGGCUACUCUUACUAUGCUUUUGGACCCUCUUGGUCAAUUCCCAUCAUGGUCUAUGCCUUCCUUCCUCAAAUAACCAUGCUCAUCAAUAUCUCCAUUUUCCCUAAGGCCUCGGAUCCAUGGUUUUUCUUGAACAUGUUUCUAUUCCUCGGUGCUUAUGGGCAAGACUUGCUGGAGUUCGUCGCAGCCAACGGGACGCCGCGAAGAUGGUGGAACGAUCAGAGAAUGUGGCUGGUGAGGGGGCUUUCUUCCGACCUCUUUGGGACAUUAGAAUACAUAAGCAAUCACUUGGGCAUUGCUGCGAGAGGAUUCAACGUGACGAACAAAGUGAACGACGAGGCGAUGAGGAAACGGUACGACGAGGGGAAGUUCGAGUUUGGGGUUUCCUCUCCCAUGUUUGUGCCCUUAUCAAUGGCUGCUAUCAUAAAUGUGGUUGCAGUUUUGGGAGGAUUCUUGCAGUUUCUCAAAGGCAGAGGCUUAGAGGAGUUGUUGGGGCAAAUGGUUGUGGCGAGUGUGGGUGCGGCGAAUAGCUGGCCGGUUUAUGAAGCCAUGGUGUUGAGAAGUGAUCAAGGAAGAAUGCCUACUAAGAUUACCAUCAUUUCACUUGUUCUUGCAUGGCUUUUAUUUGUUUUGAUCUCUUCAAUUGCCAAGGUAUGAAAAGUGUAGUCAAAAUCUCUCUCUCUCUCUCUCUCUCUCUGUAAGAUAUCUUCUUGUGAAACUCAAAUCUUCAAUACAUGUACUUCUAUAGUAAGUAUGGAUUUUGUACUAGUGCCUGUAUUGGCCUAGCGAUAGCCGAUAUGAAGUUAAUGCUUAAGACC